CGUCUGGUGUGGAAGCUCAGGGUUGGUCCCUGUGUCUUCCUCUUGUCUCUUCCAGUGGGAGGCUGGAUCUUUUCCAAUCCGGAUGGAGUGUGCGCAGCAGGAAACACCAAUUACCAGUAUGCUACCCCCUUACCUCUGUCUGCUCCCCACUCCCACCAUGGCUGUGAGCGCUAUCCUGGCCUCCGAGGGCACCGGCAGGCUCCCUACCCUUCUGCCUACAUGCAUAGAAACCAUUCUCCCUCAGUGAAUUUGAUAGAAAGCUCCAGCAAUAACCUGCAAGUUUUCUCCGGAGCUGACAGCUGGACUUCCUUGUCCUCCACACCGCACACCAGCAUCCUGUCCGUACCACACACCAGCGGGCCAAUCAAUCCAGGGCCCAGCCCCUACCCAUGCCUGUGGACCAUCAGCAACAGUGGCGGGGGCCCGGCCGGGCCCGGCCCCGACGUGCACACCAGCUCCCCGGGAGCAUUUCUUCUGGGGAGUCCAGCUGUGACUUCGCCCCUCUCUGCCCAGGCAUCCACUUCGGCGGGUGUGGAGGUUCUGGGGGAGCCCUCGCUGACCAGCAUCGCUGUGUCCACCUGGACAGCAGUGGCCUCACAUCCCUUCUCGGGCUGGGGUGGCCCAGGUGGGGGAGGGCGCCAUUCUCCCUCCUCCCUGGAUAGCUAGGCAGGAUCCUAGGGAAGGUGUCAGCGGAAAACCUUGUCUGUAUAGAGCAUUUAGAAACCCCGUCUACUGAUUCUAGGGAGUUAGACUGCAGGGUCUCCCCACCCAGUGAGCUAGAGGGUGGGGUGGGUAACGGGAGGUGGUUUAGUUUGGUGAUGCUCCCUGGUUUCUUUUCGCACUCCCAUUUUCUCUGCAGCUCAUCCAUGACAUGCUUAGGUCACCAGGGUUCAAGGAGUACCUUCCUUGGCCCUGCCCCUUACUUUCAAAUGAUUCUAGAAGGCCCCGCUUCCUGUUCUGUGGAGGUGAUGCAAAGCUGUUAAGUGAGCUCCGAAUUUACCUGGACUAAGGCUUCCUAGCCUUGUGCAGCCCUGGAAAGUAUCUGUGGCCCCAGGGCUUCUGCUUUGAGACCAAGAGAGGGUGUAAGUCCCCAGAGUGAAGUUAUCAACAGUAGCCCUAAUCAUGUAUUAUAGCCAUGUACCUGGAAUUGAGGAAAUGAGGUCAUGUCCUCCCUUGCUCAGAAACCUUCCAUGGCUCACCAUUGCCUACAGAACGAAGUCAGACAUCCUGACCAUAAGGACACCCCCUACCAUCUAGCCUCAAACCACGUUUCCAGCUUCAGUUCCCUUCAUCAUCCCAUUAGCAGCCUAUGUUUCGGUCAAGGCAGACAUUCAGCAUACUUCCCCCCCUCUACGCCUUCCCUGGGCCUGAAACAUCCUUCUCUGGUCAGUCCCACCUGUGUGAAUCCUGCCCGUCCCCAGGGGACUGGCCGAAGCGCCACUGCCUGCAUCCAACACCUGACGGGCCUCAGCACGUGGGACCUUGCCCGGCUGCCUGCCGUCCCGGGGGCUUUGCCUCUGUGCGAGAGCUCGUCCCAUUCUGCCUUGUAUUUUUGUUUACCUGUGAGUGUGUCUCUCUCCCACUAGACUGUGAGCCCCUUGAGGGUGAGGACUAGCCUUGCUGUCUUUGUACCCUGCAGCACCUGGUACUGUGCCUUGUCUAUAGUAGGUGCCCAAUAAACUGACCGAGUGCAA